GCUGCCUGACUGAAUACCUUUCCUCUCUCUCUCUCGCUCUCUCCCCCUCCCUGUCAGUGUGUCACUACCUCUCUCGCCCUCACGCCCUGUGUCAGUCUCUCUAGUUUCUUCGAAGCAGCAGAAAGACUCGAUAUCACACAAUCGUCAAACAUGUUUCUGGCAAAGCAAUUAAUCUCAGGCCUAAUAAAGGUUGUGAGCGACAUUGACCCCAGUCAAUUUGUUCCCUCAGACCCACCUCCACCCCGCAGACCUCUGAACUUCGCCGCUACUCAUGAGAACGAUGAGGAGAAACAGUUUCGGAAAGUUUUCCACCAGAUUGCUGGAGAUGACAUGGAAGUGAGCCCCAAAGAGCUGAUGGGCAUCCUCAACAGAAUCGUCUCCAAACAUGGAGGCCUGAAGACUGACGGUUUCAGCAUCGAGUCCUGCAGGAGUAUGGUCGCUGUGAUGGAUAGUGACAGCACAGGUAAACUGGGAUUUCAUGAGUUCAAAUACCUGUGGAACAACAUCAAGAAAUGGCAGGGCAUCUAUGUUAAACAUGACAGGGACCGUUCAGGUAUAAUUGGCUCUCAUGAGCUGAUGGGUGCCUUCAAGGAUGCAGGUUUCCCUCUGAAUGAAGAGCUGUUCAAGCUGAUGCUCCGUCGCUACAGUGAUGAGCAUGGCAACAUGGACUUUGAUAAUUACAUUGGUUGCCUGGUGCGCCUGGACGCCAUGUGCAGAGCCUUUAAGACGUUGGAUAAGGACAACAGCGGCUCCAUUGAUCUGGACAUUAAGGAGUGGCUCCAGCUCACAAUGUAUUCAUGAAGCAACAGAGUGCGAGAGGACAAAAAAGGAACAUUUUCUUCUUUCACUUCCUCCUCCUCAUCAUCAUUAUCAUCAUCAUCUCAUCACUUCCUCCCAUUCCACUCUUAUGUGUCUUUAGUGGAUGUUUAACAGUGUUUGAAACGACAGUGUCUCCAUGGUAACAGGACCAAAAUUCCAGGGUGAAAAUGUAAAACCGGGACCAAAGUUGAUGCUGAUGCUGCCGUUGCACUGUCCCUCUGCUGCCAGGCGGAGGCGCUGCAUGUUAUUGCUUUUUUUCUUUUAUUAGGCUUCUUUUAACAGUUUGACUCUGGAUGUAAACAAAUAAAAAGACACAUGUGACAAAAGUA